AUGUGUGCUACCGGUGGUGCAAAACUACAUUCCCAGGCGAUUAAUGAUGGAAAUGAAGAGUCACUGAAGUCGAAUGCUGAAGGUAACAAGGCAAUUACUCCAAUUGAUACAGUUACUGUUACAGAAUAUUUCAACAACACAUCGCUACCGAAUACACUUAGUUUAAUGACCGAUGAUAUUAUCUACGUGCUUUCGAAGCCAAAUGACUAUUGGUGGGAUGGAAUUAUGGUAGAUCCUAUUGGUAAUAUCACACGAGGAUGGUUUCCCCCUUCUCAUACUCAAAAGAUCCCAUGUGAAGGUCACCGCGAUUCUUCCUAUAGCAUAAAUCGUUCCUUAGACACAUCCUCCGAAACAAAUCAUGACGUUUAUGAUGCCAGUGAUAGAAAUGAUAGUUUGAGUGCAGUUAGUGUGAAAGGUGGUAGCAGUGAAAGUUUCUCUCGUUCAAGACAUCAUUCUACCUCGUCUUCUCGUCGGUCAAUGCUAUCCGGAAAUUCCAGCAGAAGCAAUUCACUGUCAUCGCAACAACAGUCAAGACCUAAUGAAUCAUCGACGUUGUCAGAACUUGAUUCUGAAAAGUUGAAGCAGUUUGGAGCAAAGCAAUCCUUACCAGCUCCUCCUGAAAUACUUCAUAUUUCUUCAUCAACGGAAAUUGAAUCGUUAUUGAAAACUCCAGCCAAAGCAGAUCAACCAUCGUUUAAUUUUAUCCCAUUGUGGUUACCUGAGUUAACCGCUGAUGAUAAAUUUAUAUUCCAUGACCAAGCUUUGAAUUUGUCAUCCUAUAACAUACCAUUGCUUCCUGUUGAAGGAAACCAAUCUGUCAUGGAGCAUCCAGAUACCACUGCCUAUUCUAAUGGAGUUUUUACUGUUCCGAUGAGGUUAUCUGACUCAAGUCAGGUAGGAGAAGGAAACAACAUGGGAUUUACUUCAAAAAGUGAUGAAGGUUUGAGGUCUAACAGCGAGUCUUUUGUAAGUAAGGAUAAUGACUUUGAAAACGUGAAAACAUACGAUUUAUCAAAGUUUUACUUGCUGCCAACAGAUAUAACAACUUGGGGUUCUCUCAACAAAUAUUUUAAAAGAUGUGUUGAAUUCUCGAAGCAGGCUCUUGUCAAAAGGGAUAAAAAAUGGUUCAGCAGUAAUCUUAAUUUUGUUUCGACCACAGUUGCUACAUAUCAGAUGAUCAUAAAGAUUCUGGCAGAUCCUUUGAAAGCCAAGGGGAUAUCUGAGAAGGUUUCCAUAUAUCUUAGGAAAAUGACAUCAUCGUUAGUACGCUUUAUUAUAAACGGGAAUCUUUACAUGAUGACAGACCUAAAUGCAUCUGGCGAUCAGGGAGAGAACGAGAAGGAUAACAUAACAGAAAACCAAAACGGGGGCUUGGAUGAAAACUCGAAUGAAUUAGGAGAGGAUGCUUCUCGUUAUCUUUCCAUAGCUGAAGAUGCUGCUGAUAAAAUGUUAAAACAGUCAUUAUUAAUUUCUGGUUUCUUUAUGAAUGAAAAUACAUUGCCAACUUCGGAGAAUUUCCCAAUUAUUUACGCCAGGUUUCUUCAAGGACAAUACGAGGGAGGAAAUUUUACAAACCAGUUGGCGAGAAGGCAGCAGAGACAGUUGAUUGCAAGAAACAGGAGAUCGUCAAAUAUUUUGCUAGAUGACGAUUCAGUUGCCAGAAUUUCAGGAUGUGGAAACAACAUUUGUAAAAUUCUUCGAAAGACUCAGGAGCUUUUGGAUAAAGAAAUGAUUCCAGGGGAAAAUCAUCUUCAGUUCUCUCGGCACAGAAACCUAAGCGUUUUAACUGCAAUUUAUAGUUGCAUUCCUGUAAUUUGUGAGUACCUUGACACACUUGAGUCGAUUGAUUUUACACUGUUCAAAAUGAUUACUGAGUUAGCCGCGAAAAAUAAGAAGAAUGUACAACCACGACACUCGGAAUCCGAUGACAGCUCAACAUACAUCGACGAGGACUUGAAUAAGAAAUUCUACGAAGGUACUGCUUUGGAAUUAAAACCAUUAAUGAGUGAAUUUUUGCAUUUAAAACAGGAUAUUCAUUCAGCAUUAUCAAAUCUUGUACUUGAUUGUCAAAUGCUUACCACCAGCGAUUUGGAAGUUUUCAAAUCGUUUACUACAGAAAUUGAGGAGCAAGUUGAAUCCGGACGCGGUGAUCCCAAGUUUUAUAAUAUGAAAACGGAGAAGUUUGGUAGACAUCUUUUGAGACAGUUAAGAAAAAGGGAUGAAAAUGUUUAUAAAGUUGAUCCAUUUACAUCUGACAGAGUUCAUCGUAUUUCAAACACCUUGCGGUAUAUUCCAGAAAAAUUAACAAUGAUGCACCAAUCUGUUGGUGUCCUCCAGAAGCAGAGACAGUACAUUCUGAAUUAUUGCUCUCAUUUGAUGAAUACUGAUUUUAAUAUCGCUUCGUUCUUUAUCGCUGAAAGACACAACACAAUGUCAACGACGGCUAGCCAAUCCGAUUUUUACUAUGGACACAAAAAAUCCUCGGAGUCGUCCGCUACACCUUGGUAUUUGGAUACAUCUGACGAUGAAAAGCAGUUGGUCUAUAGCCCUGAAGGGUUAAGAGGGGGAAUGGUAGAGGGACUCGUCGCUAAACUGGUUGAUCCGUUCAUAUCUGAUGAUAAGGAGUAUAUCAAGUGCUUUUUGCUUACAUUUAUCACGUUUGUUACUCCGGUCAGAUUAUUUGAUCUUUUAGAACAGAAAUAUAAUUUGGAAAUGCCGGAAGGACUAAGCUAUGAAGAAUACAAAGUUUGGACUGAUAAGCGAAAGAAGCCACAGCAAGAAAAGAUAAUGGAGGUGAUUCGUCUUCUCUUUACGAAAUUUUGGAACGUCAAUUACAGAAGUUCACUUCUAGAAGAAAAGUGGGAUAGCAUGAUUACCGAGAUGUCAAUAAACGAGGAACUAUCACAGCUGGGAAGGAAAGUUUUAUCUUUUACUGAUCAAAAUGAGUAUGCAUUAGCUUUUAACACAGAAGAUGCGGCUCACAUUAAGGUCGUGGUUACUCCAUUACCAGUGGCCCUCAGCAACGAGGUGAAGAAAAUUAGAAUGCAUAGUAUUGAGACUUCCGUAUUGGCUGAACAGCUUACACUUUUGCAAUCAGAAUUCUUUAGGAGGAUAUGUUCUGUUGAUCUUAUUGGAAGAUCGUAUAAUUUCAACAAGAUAUUUGGUAAGAGAAAUGCUCUGAGUACAAAAAAUAUCUCGAACUUUGUUCACAAUUGCAAUCAAAUUACGAAAUUUACUAUCUAUAUGAUUCUUCGACAGAGUGAGGUUAUUGACAGGGUGGUUAGCAUAAAGUAUUUCGUGAAUUUGGCAGAAUCUCUUUUGGAAAUGAAUAACUUUUCGACAAUGACAGCUGUGAUUUCUGGUUUAGGUUCGAUAUCCGUGAGUCGUCUUAAGGCAACAUGGUCACUUGUUCCCAAGCAGACUUUAAAUAGCUAUAACAAGAUGGAUGAACUAAUGUCGAUUGGCAAAAAUUACAAUGAAUAUAGAAACAUUUUAAGAUUUUUGGCUGAUGACGAGGAUCCCUGCAUCCCAUUUUUGGGUAUGUACUUAUCUGAUCUCAGAUUCACCACCGAUGGAAAUCCGGAUCACCUACACGGGGACAAAAAGCUUGUCAAUUUCAGUAAGAGAGCUUCUAUUUAUCGGAUCAUACGUGAAGUGACCCAAUUUAGUUGCAGAGAAUAUUCGUAUACGAAAAACCAGGUUCUUAUGGAUUACCUGCAAGUGAUGAUGAAAAAUAUUCCUGAAGAUGAAGUUUUGUAUCAGAUGUCACUACGUUGGGAGCCAAGAGUUAGCUUAAUGGGAGAUACACAAAAUAGUCAGCACUCAUCACACAAUCGGAAAACAAGGAGUGGAAACUCUUCUGUUUUUUCGAGAGUUACGAAGAAAAUGAGCUCUACUCAAUUGACUACAUCCAAGAGUCAAAAGAAAAACUGA